UCUAAUAAAGCUUCCGUCGUCUAUUGACAUAACUUCUCCAUCUUGAAUUUUUACUCAAUUACACGUGCAUUUGACAGAGAUAAAAAGGGUUGAAGGAAUCAUUUCAGACCACUGCCUUCACGGCUCGGCCUUACAAAGACAAUUCAAUACCUUUUGAAAAUUUCUUAGACGGCUAUUUGGCAUAUAUUCGGUGUAUUUGAUCUUGCUUUUCAUACAAUUAUACGAAAGAUUCAAUACCAAACUGAACCACUUACCAUCUGCGUUUCUACAACACUUAAAUACUCAAUAAUUCAAGCUCUAAGAUCUACCUGCGCUACACUGAAAAAGUGUUUAAGUUCCCGACGCUUGGAGAAGACGAUUUUAAAACCGACUGACCAAUCUUGAAGAAAUGAACUUGGAAAAAGCUUUUCUACUUUUGCUUUGCCUGUUUGUUAUAGAGAUCUCUUCUGUGCCGCGACACGAAGACGAUGUGCUAGAUGACAUCCUGCCAAAAUCUCCUAGUUUAGAAACAAAGAAGACGGAAGCACUGAUAGAUUCCCUUUGGAAUUCAAGGCAUGCCAGAAGGGGAUUAGACAAGACCAGGUUCACACUUAGAGACGUUCUCUUGAAAAAUCGAAUGUCGCCUCGUGUACCGGAAGUAAGACAGAUCGAAGAAAAACCGCAUGCGCGCGCAUAUUUUAAAGAUUUGCUGACCGCUGGUAAUUUUGUUGAUAAAGAGUUGAAGCCCAUGAAUUUGACAAAGAAACAAUACUCGGAUCCUGGGAAUCCUUGCGUGGACAAGCGUUUUGCCCUUUGGUUAACGGCGAAUUAUGUCAUACCUGUGGUCAGCUGUCAUUAUCACAUUACGAACGGAUGCGCGGAAAGCAUACCAAAGUAUAGCACAAGACUAUGUGAGCCAGUGGUGCAUACCAUGAUGGGAAGGGUCUUUGCAACAGACUGUAAAUGUAAAGUAUGAUGAAAUAUUAUACCAAAAGUCACGGUACAAAAGUAUUUUUCAAACAAAUGAA